GAGAGAUAUGUAAAGAGGCUGGCUGUCUCUUUCCCAUCCUCUCUGACAGUCUGUACAAUGUGUUAAUCUCUAACCACUUUUAGAAUGUGUAAACUAAAGUGAACUCUUCACUGGAGAGACAGUAUAACAAAAACAAUCAGGAUACGUCUUCCUAAGGAUAUCACCAGUUGGGACAUUUCUCUUCUCUCUCUCUCUCUCUCGCAAUGUUGGAAUCAUGCCUUGUCUCUGAAAACUAAUGGAUUUGACCAUUUCUAUGACUCAAAACUCUUCUGAGACCAGGAUCUUCAUGUGCCAGUAGGUGUGAUUGACAAUCCAGACAACAUGGACAGCCUGAAAAGGAACGUAUUGGAACAUAAUGGACGACAGACUCGCCAACACCAGGUCUUACAGAGUACUCCAUUGGACCUGAUCGAGAUGGGCAAGUCACUGAGGUUCCAAGCAGAGCACCCCCACCUGGUCAGUCUGGGUAGUGGCCGUCUCAGCACAGCCGUCACCCUGUUGCCCCUGCAGGAAGGGAGAACGACCCUGGGCAGUGGGAACACAGACAUCCAUCUGCAGGGUCCAGGCAUCACUGAUCAACACUGCUAUAUCGACAAUAGGGCAGGCAAUAUCACCCUCAACCCCUGUGGGAACCAUUGCUCCAUGGAUGGUCUCCCCAUCUCCAAGCCUGUACACCUUUCACAAGGGUGCAUGCUGUGUUUUGGUCAGUCAGCCUUUUUCCGCUUCAACCACCCAGAAGAGGCCCUCAGAAUGAAGAGCAUGCUGCCUGGAGGAUGCCAGGGGCCCAGCGCCUACAAGAGCCAUCACACAGACUCCCACACGGUGCUGAAUGGGAACCACCAGCCUGCCCCCCAUGAGAGGACCCGUUCCGGCUCUGGCCCACACCCAGACCCCCUGACCAGCACCAUAGAGAGGGACCUCCAGGACAUCAUGAACUCUCUGGUGAUGGAUGACCCCCAGUCCUCCGGGAAGCUGGCCCACCACCCCAUCCCUCAGUCCCCCCUCUCCCCCAUGCUGAAUGGGGGAGGACGUUACCUGCUCUACCCUCCCACCAGCCCUGGGGCCAUGUCCAUGGGCUCCAGCUAUGAGAACACCUCCCCGCCCGGCCCCUUCUCCCCGCUCUCCUCUCCUCUGUCGGCUGCCAGUAGUGAUGCUUUCCCGGGGCCUGGUACUCCUCCAGUGCCUGCCCGCUCCUCCAGCUACACCCUCACCACCCAGACCCCUGUCACCCAGCCACGUACCACCCCACCUGGGGGCUACAGUGGACCUGCUGAUGUGCAGAGGGUCCCGGAGAGCCCCAGGCCUAUGAGGAGGGCCCUAGCGGAGUCCUUGCCAAGCCCCACUGCUUCCUGUAGAGGUGUGGGUCAGGACAGCCCAGUAGGCAGUUCAGAGACUCCUAGAGCAGUACAUGGACCUUCCCACAUCCCAGUCUCCAGCGCCAGACUAAACUCUAAGUUCUCUGGAUGUCAGGCAUCCACGGCCCCCUCCAGCCCUAGGGUGAGGGUGGGUGGCUUAGGCUCUCGUCCUCCCAGCCCACAGCACCCCUUCCAGGCCCAGUCCCACACAGACAGCCCUCAGCAGACACGUAGGACCCCAGAGCCCUCUGGACCCUCCAGCCUGAGGGAGCUACCCCCUCCCAGCCCCUCCAUGUCUCGUAGAGGGGCUUCUCCAGCACAGGGCUCCCUCCAGGAUAGGGGGCUGCGAGCCAGGAGUCCCUCUCCCACCUCCAGGGGAGGCAGGCAGCAGAAGGGCAGCCCGGGUAUAGCCAUUGCCCCAGCCUUGGGCUCUCUGUCUGGGUCUGGGACAGGAACUGGGCCCUCUCCUCUCACGAGCCCCCAGGGACAGAGGAAGAAGUCUGGUAGUGCUGGGGCCACCAGGGACCCAGCUGGAGCAUCUAGGGACCCCAAGGGGCCUAUACGGCCCCGGACCCGGGAACGCAAGAACAGCAUCUCAGAGAUCAGUGACAACGAGGAUGAGCUGCUGGAGUACCACCGCUGGCAGAGAGAGGAGAGACUCCGCGAGCAGGAGAUGGAGAAGCUGGAGCGACAGAGGUUGGAGACCAUCCUUAGCCUGUGUGCGGAGUACACCAACUCUCCCCAGUGUCUGGGUGGUGAGACAGGGAGUACAACAGGGCACUUCCCUGGACCAAGGGAGGGGGGCGCUAGAGAGAGACCCUGUACAGAGACAGGUGGUGGGGCGACUCAGCGAGGAGGAGUGACUCAGAGGCAGAGAGAGAGUGACGAGGAGAACCAGAGAGAGGAGUCCAGCAGCACAGAGAGCACUCACCAGGAGCAGGAAGACUCAGGGUCAGGGUUAGGUCUGGGUGUGUCAGGGUUAGGAUCAGGAUCAGGUGUGUCUGGGCGUCAGGAGCAGCAGUACCUGGAGGAGGAGAGGACCAGGGUUCUGUCCAGGGUGGAUAAGCUGAAACACAGAGUCACAGAGCUGGAGCAGCAGCUACAGGAGUCCAGACAGGAGGCGGAGAUGGAGAGGGCUCUGCUGCAGGGGGAGAGGCAGGCUGAGCAGGAGCAGGUCGAGGCAGAGACAGAGAUCAUCUCUCAGCUCCAGUCUAAACUCAGCCAGCUGGAAAGGACCACCCAGAGGGAGAAAGACAAGGGGAGGGCUAAUGUGUCUACUGAGCGGCAGCUGCUGGAGAGACUUCAUGAGGGGUACAGUGAGCUGAAGAGCCAGGUUCAUAACUGUCCUGAAUCUCUGAGGGAACAGUUACAGGAGCAGCUACGGAGGGAGGCAGAUGCGCUUGAGGUGGGGACCAAGCAGUUUGAGGACUUGGAGUUCCGUCAGCUGGAGAGAGAGAGUGGUCUGGAGGAAGAGAAGGAGACGCUCAGCAGACAGCUGCUCCUGGAAAGGGCCGAGUACCACCGCAGCGUGGCCAAGAGAAAGGAGAAGAUGGCUGCUCUGGAGGUGCAGGCCAACCAGUUAGGGGUGCAGGCAGCUCAGGACUGUGAGAGGAUGGCUAAAGACAGGACCCUGGCCCUACAGCUGCUUCAUAAAGAGAAGGACAGGCUGUCCACUCUGGAGAAGAGAUACCACACUCUGACAGGAGGACGGAGCUUCCCCAAGCCCUGCAGCACCAUGAAAGAGGAGUACCUCAGGCUCGCUGAUGUCUAUAAGAUGUAUGGGAGCGGUGGUCCUCUCCCAACCUACUCUACCUCCCCUGCUCCUCACUGCCUCUCUCUCGCUGUUGCUGCAGCAGCUCUGCCCGGCGAGGAAUACGUCACAGUUAGUCAGUUAAGCCAGAUGUUGGGGGUGCAGAAACUUGGCCCCUCCCCCACACUUUCUAUCCAGUCAUUCCAGCUUGCGCUCACUGAUGCUGCCUUCUCCUGCCACACAACUCCAUGUGACACCUCCCCCACUAUCUCAGUUGAGAGCCAGCCUGAGUGGAUUAGACCUCACAACCCGGCCCUUAACUUAGAGCGCUGGUACCAGGACAUAAUGUCAGCAGGGGAGCCCCACCACCAGUCAUGCCCUCCCCCUCUCCCUGCUAAGUCUCACUCCUCACGCAGACCUAGCCAGGUGUACCGGUCAAAACCAGAUGGUGAUGUAGGUCAGACAGCAUCACGCUCUAGUAGUGUCAAUGGUACUGCCAGCCCUCCACAGUCCAAUGGGGUUACACUGGGCCGAAGCACACCCAUCAAGGGUCUGCAGCUGGUGUCUAGGGAGCUGUCGGCAUCAGGCCCUCCAGACAUGGUGAUGGACACCAGGAGACAGCUGUCACUGCAGAGCAAAGGCCCUUCUCCCAUGGUCCACCACUCCAUCCUACACCACCAGACACCCCCCUCAGGGGACCCGCAGUACGACACCCUCAGCCUGGAGAGCUCUGACAGCGUCGAGACCUCCGUCUCCACCGGCAACAACUCUGCCUGUUCUCCAGAAAGUGGCAGUGGGCUUGAGGCCCUGAGGAUCGAGGAGAUGGAGAAGAUGUUGAAGGAGGCUCAGCAGGAGAAAGCCAGGCUGGUGGAGAGCAGAGUGUGUACAAACAACAUGUCUCCCACCAACACCAAUGGAGCAUAUAACCUACAGAUAAUUAUGGAGAGGGAGGUGCAGGCGCGGAGGCAGAUGUUGGAGGAGGAGCGGAGGAGGCGCGAGGAGGCCGAGAGGAGGUUGCAGGACGAGACGACCCACAGGCAGAGAUUGGUGGAGGAGGAGGUGAAGAUGAGAGAGAAGCACUUCUCUCAGGCCCGCCCCAUGACCCGCUACCUACCCAUCAGGAAGGAGGAGUUUGACUUGCGUUCGCACGUGGAGUCAUCGGGUCACAACGUAGACACCUGUCCCUACGUCAUCCUCUCAGAGAAGAUGUGCAAGGGACACCUGGUCAAGAUGGGUGGCAAGAUCAAGUCGUGGAAGAAACGCUGGUUUGUCUUCGACCGCCUCAAGAGGAACUUCUCCUACUAUGCUGAUAAGCAUGAGUCCAAGCUGAAAGGACUGAUCUACUUUCAGGCUAUAGAGGAAGUGUACUACGAUCACCUGCGCAGUGCCACUAAGAGCCCCAACCCGUCGCUGACCUUCUGUGUGAAGACUCACGACCGGCUCUACUUUAUGGUGGCCCCAUCUCCAGAGGCCAUGAGGAUCUGGAUGGACGUCAUAGUAACCGGGGCAGAGGGAUACACACAGUUCAUGACCUGAGGGACUGAGCUCUCCGGGUGACAGACCUUCCAACCGGGUUGUGUUUGUUAGGGCAUGUAAUGGAAAAACAUUUUUAAACCAUUUGCAACAGAAAACAAAAAUGUUAGUUUAUUUUUGGACAAGUCCUAGUAGUUCCUCUAUGUUUCAGUCCUUCUUCUUCUGUUUGGUGCCUAAUGAACAUGACCCAGGAGAGAGAGAGACCAUGGGCUUGCUGCUCCCAGAUUUCUGUCUGCAGCGCUACACUCCACUACUGCUGUUCUUUGAGUCCUUGUUUAUUUGGCCUUUAUUUAACUGUGCAAGUCAGUUAAUAAGAACAAAUUAUUUUUUCAAUGACGGCCUAGGAACAGUGGGUUAACUGCCUUGUUCAGGGGAAGAACGACAGAUUUUUACUUUGUCAGCUCGGGGAUUUGAUCUUGCAGCCUUUCGGUUACUAGUCCAACGCUCCAACCACUAGGCCUACCUGCCACCCCUGUACCUUUCAGACGUAUAGAUCUCUGUAACUCACAUGGAUAGGACUCACAUGGAUAGGAUGCAAAGUUAUCCAAUAUACAGGUAACUGCAUAAAUUAAAGGAAACACUUGAGAAAAUUAGUGAUAAUUAAGCAAUUAACAUCCCAUCAUGCUUAGGGUCAUGUACAGUAUAAAAAUGCCUGGUUGCUGAUUAUUUUGCCAUGUUGGCUAGAAUAGGAGAUCUCAGUGACUUUGAAAGAGGGCUAUCAAAGGAGCACUGCCUCCCGAGGGGCACAGCAGUCUAAGGCACUAGCUGUGUCACUACAGAUCCUGGUUCGAUUCCAGGCUGUGUCGCAGCCGGCUGCGACCGGAUGACCCAGCGUCAUGGUUCAGCGUUGUCUGGGUUAGGGGAGGGUUGGGCUGGCCGGGAUGUCUAGCAACUCCUGUGGUGGGCUGGGCGCAUGCAGUGCGACUUGGCUGGGUCGUGUUUUGGAGGAUGCUCUCGACUUUCGCCUCUCCCAAGUCCGUACGGGAGUUGCAGCGAUGGGACAAGACUGUAAACUACCAAUUGGAUACCAUGAAAUUGGGGGGAAAAAUAAAGAAGCAUAUGGGGUUUAGAGGGUGUGUGUGUGUGUAAGUCGCUCUGGAUAAGAGCGUCUGCUCAAUGACUAAAAUGUAAAUGUAUAUAUAUAUAUCUCAGUCACCAGAUCUCAACCCAAUUGAACACUUAUGGGAGAUUCUGGAGCGGUGCCUGAGACAGCGUUUUCCACCACCAUCAACAAAACACUAAGUGAUGGAAUUUCUCGUGGAAGAAUGGUGUUGCAUCCCUCCAAUAGAGUUCCAGACACUUGUAGCAUAUAUGCCAAGGUGCAUUAAAGCUGUUCUGGCGGCUCGUGGUGACCCAAUGCCCUAUUAAGACUCUUCAUGUUGGCGUCUCCUUUAUUUUGGCAGUUACCUGUAGCUUUCCAGAGGUAGCCCUGGGUCUCAGACCAGUAAAGAUCAUAAAGGAAGAAAGGUUUUACAUACGAUACUUAAAGGGAUGUGUUUUUACUCACUCUGUUUAUUAUAAUAGUCAGUUUAAGGGCUCUAUUCAAUCCGUAUCGCAGAAGUUCAGCAUUACAGGGUCAUUGAAAUGUAAAGGCAAUGUUCCUGCAUUAGCGGAGACUACAUUCAUGGUAAACGCUGCGUAUGUCGGCUCAGUCUGAAAUUACUUUUACAUUUCUAACGCUUCAGCGACACAGAUUGAAUAGAGCCCCAAAGCGCUGUAUUUAUAUUAUAGAAUUUUAGCCAGACUAGCUAAAUGAGAGUUUAUACUACCUGACUGUCUCUGGAUCUAUAAAGGGAACUUUAUAAAGACAAUAUGAAAAUUUGUAAAGGAUCAUUUCCCUUUUUUUGCCAAAUGUGUUUAACAGAGUGUAUGUGCUACUAUAUUGCCUCUGAAAAUAAUUCCUAUUUUAUUGAAUUUGUCUAAUAUUUGAUUAACUAUAAGUCAUCAUAUUAAUGGCAUAUUAUUUAGAUUUCACUCAUUCUGAUGAAAUCUAAAUCUUUGUGCCAGCUAUUGUAUGCUUUAUGUAUGUUUGGUCAGACUGUCAGAAAAAUUGUAUUAGUUUUUUAUAUUAUUUUAAAGACUUUUCAUAUGGAAAAUAACAUAACACAAGCACACCAACAUUUAAAACCAGUCUUCUACACCGCGAACAGGGCGGUACUGACAGUGUUGACACUUUCUCCACAUAAACACUUUUAAAUAAAAUUUGCAAAUGCAUAAUUA